AUUUUUUUGUUCUUUUACUGUUUUGAGUUCAAGAACACUGCAGUCACUCAAGCAUAUAUCCUGACACCGAGAGACCAACAAAAGAGGAAGGAAGGUUUAUUCACAAGACAACUGGGUAGAAGUGUAUAGCUGUGUUGAAAGGCACAACACUCAAAAUAACAUUGGACCAAAAUACUUUUUUAUAAAAGGCCUUUUAUUUUCUGCAACGGCUGGCAACCAAUAUAAAACACAGUGAAGAAGAUGGUGGCCGUGACAUUCUUGUUCCUCUGCUUCUGGGCUGUAGGUGUCCACGGUGACCUCAGCCGUAUCCAGGUUACUCUGGAGCCAGACAGGCCCUCUCUGAGGGUGCAGCUCUCUCACACCGCCCACCUGCGCUGCUGCUACUCAGCCACAAGGGGAGCCGUGGAAACCACCUGGUUCAUCAGCAUCCAGACGGUCAACGGCACGUCCGCCCCGCAGGGAGUGGACCGGAGAGACAACCAUGUGACAGUGGAUGGGGGGAACCUGACUGCGGCAGGGGUCAUGUGUCACACACUCAUCCUGAGGGAGGCCCGUCUGAACGACUCAGGGUUGUACCAGUGUUUUCUAAACCACAGCGCCCUGCGGCCCUCUGUAUACACCCACGGCACCUUCCUGCAGGUCUACAGGCCGAUGGUGAAGAUUCUGGACAUCAGUGAAAGCACCAAGAACAGCAUCCUGACUGCUGAGGGAAUGUUACUGAUGGUGGCAGUGCUUCUGCAUGGUACCAUGAUGCUCCGUAAGAUGAAGAAACUCAAUCAACUGAAGAAGAAAAGGGUCAAAGAGGAAGAGGAGAAUAUCUAUGAGGGUCUAAAUCUGGAGGAAUGCUGCUCCACAUAUGAUCAGAUCCAGCGCUCUCUGGUGCAGGGCCCCUACCAAGACGUGGGAAACAUGAUUAUGGAGGAGGAGGAAAUCCAACUGGAGAAGCCUUGAAUGAGAGGGGGGAGGAAGAGAGGGUGGGAGAAGAGUAAUUUGAUAGAACAGAGUUGUGGUGAGGGUUUUGAUAUGAAUUUUCUUAAAAACUGUCCCCCCCCUUACACACACACACACACACACACACACACACACACGUAUGUUUGAAUUUAUAGAGGUGACCUGCGUUUUCCUUGCAGCCUUUGCCUAUAUUUGAAUCUAAUUUCUUAGUGGACCAAAAAGACAGUAACCUACAAUGUCAAAGGGAAUUUGCUUUCAAUUUAGCCUUUCAUUACAAAUGCCAAUAGCUAAACACUUUAUAUUCAUAAAAUAUAUUUUUUUCUGCAUGUUUGUAUUUUCUAUGCUUUUGUGUAUGCAUUGGCCAAAUGUUUUUUUUCCCUCCAAUCUCCAUAAUUCAAGGCCUGAAUUGUGCUUAGUAAAUAAAAUUAUAAAAC